AACAUGCGGCGGGCCGAUGUGGAAAAGAGAGAGAGGCAACAAUCAUGCAUGCGCCUACUGAUCUAGCUUAGCCGAGGUACCUUGCGUCCUUCCAUCCCUCUCCUCGCGUGCGUGUAAACUCCGCCCGCCUCUGCUGAAACUCUCGUCCGACUGUUCCGGGGGAGAAGAGGGAGACGGCUGGAUUGAGCGCAACGGCGGCCGGCGUUCCUCGAGAAAAUGGAGCCGUACGUCGUCGCCCCCUAUCUUCGCGCCUACCUACACCGAUUCGCAGCUUCGGUGUCCGCGGCGAGCUGCGACGCGGGGGAGGUGGGCGGCGAUGUAUGCCGCGACGAGGAGGCCGCGUUGCGGCUCAAAAUGGUCGCCGUCGCGGCCAUCCUUGUCGCGGGGGCCGCCGGCGUCGCCAUCCCGCUCGUUUGCCGUAGGUGGCGUGGCGCGGAUGCAGCCGGUGGUGGCGGGUCGACGUUCGUGCUAGCCAAGGCCUUCGCGGCGGGGGUGAUCCUGGCCACGGGGUUCGUGCACAUGAUGCACGACGCCGAAGAGAAAUUCCAGGACCCUUGCCUCCAGGGCUCGCCGUGGCGGCGGUUCCCUUUCGCGGGCUCCAUCGCCAUGCUCGCCAGCCUCGUGACGCUCGUCGUGGACUUCCUCGGCACCCAGUUUUACGAGUGCAAACAGCGCGAGGCCGCCGCCUUCGCCGCAACGAGCGCCCAAGAUGAGACGGCGGCGGCGCUGCUGGAGGACGGGAGGAAUGCAGGGGGCGAGAAGCGUGAAGGAGGGGUGCACGACGGCCACGGCCAUGGUCACGGGAACGAGGCGGGCCCGUCCCAAGCUCGUCAGGUGGUUGUUUCCCAGAUUCUGGAGUUGGGGAUUAUAUCACACUCAGUGAUCAUCGGGCUAUCGUUGGGUGUUUCUCAGAGCCCGUGUACCAUCAAGCCUUUGGUUGCUGCCCUCUCCUUCCACCAGUUUUUCGAGGGUUUCGCGCUAGGUGACUGCAUUUCCCAGGCCCGGCUGAAGGGUCUCUCUACGCUCUUGAUGGCCUUCUUCUUUGCCAUCACAACACCCACAGGGAUCGCCGUGGGGGUGGCCAUGGCGUCAUUCUACGACCCAUACAGCCCCAGGGCGUUGGUGGUGGAGGGCAUUCUUGAUUCCAUGUCAGCUGGUAUACUGAUCUAUAUGGCACUUGUGGAUCUCAUCGCGGCUGAUUUCCUUGGCCAGAAGAUGAGCAGCUGCCCUGCCAGGCUGCAGGCUGGCGCAUACAUUGCAUUGUUUCUUGGGGCCAUAGCCAUGGCAUCCCUUGCCAUCUGGACUUAGUUAAUGUUGGUGAUUGAUGUUAUAUAUAUAUAUAUAUAUAUAUAUAUAUAUAUAUAUAGACACACUUGAAAUGAAUAAAAAUGAAAGCACAUUUUCAAAGCAAUAUGAAAAAAUAAGAUGAAGGUUUGGAGUUGGGAGAAGCUGGACGUACCCAUGGAGUUCGAUGCACUUAUAGUUGCUGUUACCCCUUGCUGCUGUAUAGUCCCUGAAGAAGAGGGGAAGCUGCUUGUUUUUUCGUUGGUUUUUUUGUUUCCUGUUAUUGACAUGGUGGCGGUGGGAUGUAAAGGUGCCUUUGUUGGUAAUGAACAGCAAAAUCCCUCUUUGUUAUACACUGUGAUGGAUGAAGAUACAGGAGAUGGAAUAGUUCGUAGGAUAAGGAGCACGAGGAACUGACUUGGUCCAGUCGAUACAGUCCUGUCUCUCAUACUUUAAAUCAUUUGAUAUCCAGUUUUGAAGGACUUAGUUAAUGUAGAUACAGUCCUGUCUCUACAUUGUUUGGCCCGCAUGC